GUCAUAUUUUGCGAUUUUGGCUUUCCAGAAACGCAACGCAUCCAGUCAUAGUUUUCGCGACAAACCCUCGAGUUUUUGCGGAAUUUCCAUCCUCGUGGUAUUACCAAGCAACAUUUCUCAAUCUCAGGCACUAGUUGACACCCCAGAAAUUCCCCCUUUUGUGUAGUUUGUGCGAAAAAGCCACCCGGAAAAGCUCAGUGAGCGUGGUUUUUGUAGUGAGAAAAACGCAGCAAGCUUUGCAGGAAAUUCACGGACAUUUUUCUUCGGGAAUUCGCAAUUAAUUCACAUGGCACCAAGGAAGGGAGCAAAGAAAGCUGAGGUGGCUGUAGAACCAGCGCAGAGUUCUUCAGAGGCACCGGUGGAGAAGAAGAAGCGCGGGAAACGAGGUGCCGAAGAGCCAGAGACAAAGAAAGCCAGUCCAGUGAAGAAGGGUAGCCCGAAAAAGGCUGCAGAACCCGAAGAUGGGGCCCCAAAGAGGGGACGUGGAGGCAAAAAGAAGGCUGAUCCUCCAGCACCAGAAGAUACAAGUCCAGCUAAGAAAGCCCGCAAGGAAGAGGGCGCUGAAGUAGAUGCCACUCCCAAGAAGGCCAAAGCAUCCCCGAAGAAGCGAGGAGCUACCAAGAAAACGGCUGCAAAGUCCGCAAAAUCUCCAGUGGCCAAUGGGGCAGGAGCCAAGGCUGGGGGCAGGGGCAGGAAGAAGGCGGUGCCCGAGGAAGAGGCCCCAAAGCCAGAAACCCCCAAAGCUGGGCGGGGCAAGAGAGCCGCUGCUCCGGUUGAAGAGAACAACGCAGAUUCCACCAGUUCCCCGCCAAAGGCCAAGAAGGGCAGAUCGGCCGCCAAAGCACCAGCUGACAAAGCCAAGAGUCCACCGAAACGCGGCAAGAAGAAGGCAGCGACCAAGACAAGUGGCGAGGAGAAUGGAGUGGAGAAGGAGGCAGAAGAACCGGAAGUUGAGGUGAAGAAAAAGACUGCUAAGCCAAGAAGCAAUGCAACAUCGACGGACUACUCAAAAAUUGACUUUAGCCACGAGAAGGCAUUUAAGCUGAAGAUAGCCAGUUGGAAUGUUUCGGGAAUGCGGGCGUGGAUCACCAAGGGAGGUUUGGAGUACGUUGAGCAUGAGAAGCCGGACAUCUUCUGUUUGCAGGAGAUCAAAUGCAAGAGUGAUGACAUGCCGCCAGAGGCACGUGUCAAGGGAUACCAUCCCUAUUGGCUCUGUCACGGUGGCUACGCGGGCGUGGCCAUCUAUUCCAAGGCAAUGCCAAUGAACGUGACAUACGGCAUUGGGGAUGCCGAAUUGGAUGAGGACGGUCGCGUCUGCACGGCAGAAUUCGAGAAAUUCUACCUGGUCUGCGUGUAUGUGCCAAAUGCGGGACGCGGUCUCGUGACACUGCCGAAACGGCUCCGGUUCGACGAAAAGUUUCAGGCUUUCGUCAGUAAACUGGAUCAGAACAAACCAGUCAUCAUCUGCGGAGAUAUGAAUGUGGCUCACCAAGAAAUUGAUUUGGCAAAUCCUAAGACCAACAAGAAAAAUGCCGGUUUCACCCAAGAGGAAAGGGACAGCUUGACCAAACUCUUCUGCCUUGGCUUUGUGGACACAUUUCGUCAUUUGUACCCGAAGCAAGCCAAAGCCUACACCUUCUGGACCUACAUGAUGAAUGCCAGGAGCAAGAAUGUAGGCUGGCGUCUUGACUAUUUCAUUGUGUCGCAGCGUCUGGCUCCUGCUGUGGUGGACAGUAUCAUUAGAUCUCCCGUAAUGGGAAGCGAUCACUGCCCUAUUGUUGGCCUCUUUGACUUUUGAGAGAAAAUGAAAAGAUAAACCAUGAAGAUAUUCAGUCAAUUGCGGAGGAAGUUUUCAGUUACCUCCUUCAAUCUCUCAAGGAAUCUUUAUUUUUAUUUUUUAUGAUUUAAUUAUUUUUAACAGUUGGCACGCAGGUUCUUGAUGCAGAACAUUCUUAUUUUUGGUUUUUUUUUUGUACCCUCAUGAGAAUAAAAUGUAAUCAAUUCCUUCCAUGA